AUGGUCGAAGGCGGUGCAGCAGCGGCGCCAGGGAGUGAUCCCAUCGCGGUAAUACGGCGUGCGUUGAUGGACAGCAAGACUCAGCUGUCGACGGUGAACAGUGUACUCACCGGGUUCAAGUGUGGGUUGGAUCGGCUGGAAGGUCAGAUGAUGCCCAUAUACAACCUCACCGAGAAACUGCGAGAGACGCAAAAGAACAUCGACUUGAGUGUGCAUGAGCUGCGGGCUGUGAACGAGACGUUUGCGACCGCAACAGAGGUGGCGCCAACGCUGCACCAAGGGGCCAAGUACGAUCAAGCGGAGUACUUCAAGGCGAUGCAUCGCCUCCUCGAGUCCAUUUCGUUCAUGGAAUCGCAUCGGGGGUACGAAGGCUGCGGAAAGGCGCUCGAGCAGGCGCGCCACGUGCUCAACCUGGCCCAGGUCAAGUGCAAAUCGGACAUUGUAAACGACAUCGGGCUCUUCUGUCGGUAUGCCAUGACCUCUCCAGUCUCGUCAGACCCAGACGACAACGACCCGUCGAUUGACCAAGGGAAGGCCCAGCAUGAGCCUGUUGUCACUGCUUCCCAACCCAGCGAUGCCGACGUGGCCAAGGUGAACGCCCUCGUCCAGUGCUUGCUGGGCACGGGACUCGUGCCGCGGCAAUUGCUGGUCGAAUACGGCGAAAAGCGGCUUAAGCACAUCAAGGACUUCUUCAAAGACGCCAACCCCGCCACUCCCCCCGCCGACAUAUCCACGGCCCAGCAUAUGAAGGAAUCCAUCGGGCGAUACCUUGACAUGGUCGUGUAUGUGAUCAAGGUGGAAAAGGGGUUGGCGACCAAAGUGUUUGCGACCGAAGACUUGAGCCAUGCCGCGUUGAGUUAUACGAUCGCACCGCUCUUGGAAACGCUGACCCACGACGUGAAAAGGGGCACCCCCCAUCGCAAUGACGUGUUUCGUCCACUGGACUUGCAUUAUUUGUUCAAAGCCAAAAGCGCGGCGUUCCAGGAUGCGUUGCAACCACCGCUGCGACUGCGAGAACACCCGGGCGUGGAGACGGCGGACCCGUGGAAACUGGUGGGGAUCGUGGCCAAGAUGGAGGACGAGCUGGCGGUGGCGGCCAAGUCGACGCUGUCACAGUUUAAAAGCGAUAUCGGCGAUGCACUCAUGCAGGAUAAACAACUCGGACGGUUCAGGGACGGCAACGUGCACCCCGUGUCUAGCAACGUCAUGCAAUUCGUGCGCCACCUGUGCGACCACGUCGUGGAACUCGAGUGUCUGCUGAAAUCGGACCAGACGACCAACGUCGCCUACUUUGUAGAUUCCAUCGUGAUGAAGUUGAUCGAGUCAUUGAAAGCGUCAAAUGUGAUCAAAGGCGGGCGGGAGGACCUGCGGACAUUGUUUACUCUCAACAACGUCAUGUACAUAUCCCAGUCGCUCAAACAGCUGGGCCAGGACCUGCAUACCCCAGCUCAAGCAGUCGUCACAGCAGCCCUCCAGCAAACGAUCCAGCCCAAGGUAGCCGCGCUCGGCGACAAGGCCAUCCAGGACUUUAUGCACUUGAGUUACGACGAAUUUGACGCGAUUUUGGCCGACCCGACGACCAAGUUGCAGUACAACCGCAACAGCGACGUGCUUACAUUGGACAGCGGCCGCCUCGUCAAAGAAAAGUUCACGAAAUUCAAUGCCACGUUGGACGAAGUGGUGGCCAACCAGAAAUCGUAUACGGUUCCCGACGCCGACCUGCGCAAGACGUUGAUGGCAUCGGCGUUGCAGCGCAUUGUGCCCAGCUACACUAUCUUUUAUGACAAGUACUCGGUCGUGCAUUUCUCCAAGAAGCACAUGGACAAGUACGUCAAGUACACCCCCGCCAACGUGGAUGCGAUGCUGCGCGAGCUGUUCCAAGGCCUCCACCACCCCUCGACGUCGUCGCAUACAUCGUCGUCGCAUACAUCGUCGUCGUAA